AAAUGUUUCCAUUUUCUGAAUAUGGUACUUUGUUUACCAAAACGUAAUGCAUAGAUUGAUUACAUACAUACAGUAAUAUUCUGUUCCAUGUCAUACUCUUUUGUUUUUCCCCCGAAAGGUAAAGCAGAACACGCUUGCACAGUGUUGUCACCUCAGAGCGGACUAACGUUUAGGGAGGGGUGUGCGCUCAUUACGUCACCCGGUCCGCCGUGCAGAUUGAGCUGGGGACGGCCAUUUUGUAGCUCAGGCUUUAAGCGAGAGAGGGCGGGAGGAGAGCGACCGAGACCGGCUCAUUUAUUUGUGUAAAAUCUGUCUGCGUACAGAUAUUUUCGUCUAGAGUUGGUUUUAUUUGCUUGCCUUCAGGAUUGGCUUGGGUACCCUGUACUACUUUUAAGGAAACACCACUUACUGCAGGUGUGUGUUGGUUCGACUCAGCAUGGCUGUGGUCAUCCGUUUGCAAGGUCUCCCGAUUAUGGCGGGGACCAUGGACAUACGCCAUUUCUUCUCUGGACUGAUCAUUCCGGAUGGUGGUGUACAUAUUGUAGGGGGAGAACAUGGUGAGGCUUUUAUUGUGUUUGCCACUGAUGAAGAUGCCAGGCUUGGCAUGAUGCGUACUGGUGGUGCAAUAAAAGGGUCAAAAGUUUCACUGUUGCUCAGUAGCAAGACAGAAAUGCAGAAUAUGAUCGAGCUUAGCCGUAGGCGUUUUGAAACUGGAAACUUGGAAGUCCCGUCAACAAAUUCUGGUAGGGCAGGGCCACCUGUCAGCGCAGGGGGAAGUGGAAGGACUAGUUUACCAGCGAUGCAAGGUUUUAGCAGCCCCACUCCUAGUGUAGUAACCACAGCCUCCUCAGUGCACGAAGCUGUAGGUAACAAAAACAUGCCCACGUUUUCCACUGCCAGCAUGGGAAGCAUGCCUCCAAACUUCAACAACAACUUCAGCAGCCCAAACCUCACUAUGGGAUCCACCAUGGCGACUGCCAUGCCUCCCAUGAACUCUGUGCCGCCAAUGCCACCUUUACCUACAAUGCCAUCUCUACCACCCAUGCCUUCUAUCCCCCCAAUGCCAGUUCCACCUCCAGUUUCCACUUUGCCUCCAGUUCCCCCAGUUGCCCCAAUACCAGCAGUCCCUCCUGUGCCACCUGUGACGCACAUGCCUACACACAUGUCUAGUUUGCCCCCGUUUAAUCCAGGGGUUCCUCCUCCACUUGGUCCUAUGCCCAGUGGUAUGGGUGGUUCAGGUCCACCAAUGCCCAUGAGCAACCCAAACCACAUGUUUCUAGGUCCUAUGACUCCUAUAAACCCCCUGGGUCAAAUGAAUCCUCCCAGUCAUAUGAAACCACCCUUGGUCAAUCCAGAUGAACUGUACGUUUAUAUGCAAGGGAUUCCGUUCUCUGCCACAGAGAUGGACGUGAGGGAUUUUUUCCAUGGGUUGCCGGUGGAUGCAGUAAAUCUUCUGAGAGAUCACCUGGGUCGGGUGAGCGGCAGAGCGUUCGUAAAGUUCUUCUCCCCUCAGGACACGUAUGAAGCUUUGAAACACCACACAGGAAUGAUGGGUCAGCGUUAUAUUGAGGUUUCCCCUGCAACAGAAAGGCAGUGGAUGGUUUCAUGCACGGGAAUGAGCAGCACAAAUCAAGGACUAUCUAAACACAGCAGUGGUCACCCGGAGCAAGACCAACAUCACAUGCACUCUAGAUCUGAGUCUCCUUCCGGCAAUGAUCGGGCAAGGUCCCGCUCGCCUCAUAAACACGAGUACUGUGUAUAUUUGAAAGGUUUGCCAUACGAAGCUGAAAAGCGAGAGAUUUUUGAAUUUUUCAAAAACAUUGAGUUUAUGGAUGACACUGUUUACAUAGCUUAUGGACCGAAUGGCAGAGCAACAGGAGAAGGCUUUGUUGAGUUCAGAAAUGAAGUUGACUAUAAAUCGGCCCUGGGUCGCCACAUGCAGUACAUGGGCAGCCGUUUCAUUCAGGUUCACCCCAUCAGUAAAAAAGGCAUGCUUGAAAAGAUUGACUCUAUUAGGAAAAGGAUGCAAGGCUCGCAGCACAAUGAUCAAAAAGGUAAUUCGUUGGAAAGUGGUGGAGAUAACUCUGCCAAAAUUUGUGCACACAUCUCAAAUAUUCCAUACAAUGUUUCCAAGAGUGAAGUACAACAGUUUUUAGAGGGAAUUCAGAUCGUAGAAGACAGUUUAAGAGUUCUUGUAGAUGGUAAUGGUCAAGGGUUAGGGCAAGCCGUGGUCCAGUUCAGGUCAGAAGAGGAAGCACUUAAAGCUGAGCGUUUACAUCGCAGGAAGUUGAAUGGAAGAGACGCUUUUGUACGCCUUGUUACAAGUGAACACGUUAAAGACAUAGAGAGCAACCCACCGCCUCAAGUUAAGAGGGGGCACAAAGCACAGGGGAACCCCACAGGGCACCAGUUUCCCAGUGUGGGAGACGACUUUUCGUUUAUGAGAGGAAAUUCAGGGAGUAUCAACAGUGGUCCCCCGUUUAAUCCCCCGUUCAGUGCCCCAGGAAAUGGGUUUGGCGGUCUGCCACCCCCCUUGCCCCCAAUAGGAGGACUAUGUGAUGGACCAAUGGGGGUUCCGCCUCCCCCUUCUGGGGUUGGCGGCCACAUACCUGGUCCAGCACACGAGCCACUGGGUUUCAGACCUGCCCCCGGCAAUACCAGUGGACCUCCAGGCUUUGGGGGAGCUCCUGACAGCAUGAGGGGACCACCACCUUUUGAUAACGGACCUAGAAAAAAUAGCGGCCCUGCAGGCCGGGGGAAUGGCCAGGGUCGUUUGGGUAGUUCACAGGGUUUUACUUCAGGUUCUGAAAAUGUAAGAGGGCCCCCUGGUUUAGGCAGCGGGCCUGGCAAUUCAAGGCCUACCGUAGUUAAGAUACAUAACAUGCCUUUCACAGUCUCUGUCGAUGAAAUUUUAGAUUUCUUUUAUGGUUACCAAGUAUUGCCAGGCUCUGUAUGCUUGCAGUACAGUGAUAAAGGCAUGGCAACCGGAGAAGCAAUGGUUGCAUUUGAAUCACAUGAUGAAGCAAUGUCCGCAGUCUUAGAUCUCAAUGACAGACCUAUUGGCUCAAGAAAAGUGAAGCUUAUUUUAGGGUAGAUGUAUCGCCUUAGUAUUUGUGUUUGUAUUCCACAGGGUUAUCCCUCAAUGCUUUGUGGUACGCUAAAGAUUCUGCUAACACCAGGCAGCAGUUAAGUUAUUGAAGGAAAAUGUGUCCCAUAUUUCACCUAUUUUUAAAACCUGUGCAUUUU